AUGUUCACGACCAUCCUCCGUCGGCUCUUGACGUCACAGUCUACUUCCGGCCCUUCCUCUCUCAGACAAUGUUUCUGUUCCUCGCAUUCCAGAGCACCUACGAACUUUCCCCGCGCACUCACUCGACCACCGCUGGCUUCUACUUACCCUAUCACUCGCUCUCAAUUUCAACUUCGUACUCUCACCAUCUUAGCCACUACCAGAGCUCGACUCCCCAUUCUCACAUUAGCUCAAGCUCGAGGAAUGAAAGUCCGAAGUAGCGUGAAGAAAUUUUGUGAUGGAUGUAUGGUGGUUAAACGUAAGGGAAGGGUGUAUAUCGUGUGCUCCAAAAAUCCGAAACAUAAACAGGUGCAGUUCUUCCCAUAUAUCAAGCUCCUGAGCUGA